UUAUACUUCGAGGAGCCAUUUUCAAAAACUGUGCAGGUGCCCCAAAACAAGACGUGCACCGAUAGAUAAAACGUUAGAUGUUAUCUUAGUUCCAACUAUAAGUCAGCAUUAUAUGUGACAGUGGAGCCGACACCUGUUUACUAUGAGUCAGUUCACAGAGCUGAGGGGGCUUUACCACCUGAGGGAAACCAUCGGCUCAGGUGGAUUUGCGAAGGUGAAGUUGGCUUACCAUGCUCUGACAGGGGAAAAGGUUGCUAUCAAGAUCAUGGACAAACGCUCGCUUGGUGAAGACUUGCCAAGAGUGAAGACAGAAAUCGAAGCCAUGAAGGACCUGUGUCAUCAACAUAUCUGUAAACUUUACCAAGUGAUUGAAACAGAAACCAAGUUCUUCAUGAUUUUAGAGUAUUGCCCUGAGGGAGAGUUGUUUGAUUACAUUGUAUCUAAAGACAAGUUGUCUGAGGAGGAAGCCCGAGUGUUCUUCAGACAGAUAGUGGCAGCUGUAGCGUACAUACACAGUCAGGGCUACGCCCACAGAGACCUCAAGCCAGAAAAUUUGUUACUGGAUGAGGACCAGAAUUUGAAAUUGAUUGACUUUGGUUUGUGUGCAAAACCAAAGGGUGGGAUGGACAGUCAGCUGUUUACCUGUUGUGGGAGCCCUGCUUACGCUGCACCUGAGCUGGUGUCAGGCAGGGAAUACCUCGGAUCAGAAGCUGAUCUGUGGAGUAUGGGGAUUUUAUUAUAUGCUUUACUUUGCGGUUAUCUACCCUUUGAUGAUGACAAAAUCCCAUCACUUUAUAAAAAGAUUCAGAGUGGUAAAUAUGACACACCAUCAUGGCUGUCAGAUGAGAGUAAGUCACUGAUAGCAUCCAUGUUACAAGUAGACCCCAAGAGGCGGGUCACCAUUCGACAUCUUCUGGCUCACCCGUGGUUAAUGGCUGAUGCCCAGUGUCCAGUGGAGUGGCACAGUAAAUAUAAGAGAUGUCUGGAUGAAGACUGCCUCACUGAGUUAGCAGUGCAUUAUGGGAAGACAAAGAAAGAUAUGGAAGCAUCUGUUUCAGAGUUUAAGUUUGACUACCUUACAGCCACCUACUUUCUUUUGCUGGAGAAGAAAAUGAAAGGUCGACCUGUAAGGCUUCUGAAUAAGAUCAGAAAUCAUGAAGGAACAUGCAGGGAAAAAAGAAGUCACAGUGCAGAUGAUGCAGCCUGCUAUGAAUUGGUUUACUCCCCACGAAUUGCAGCAUCUGAGAGACUAGAUUCUCCCAAACCCAACAAUAACAACAAAGACCUUGGGCCCCGCCCCACAACGUAUGGAGGCUGCGAGGAGAGGGGGAGGAACCGGGCUAGGGAGAGGCUGCCUUUCUCAUCAAAAGAGGAUGAAGAAAAUGAGAAAAAUUCUGCAAUCACUAGACAGGACAAAAGUGGUAGAAAAGACGACAAAGAGAACUUUGCUGUUCCUCUUACCCCAGGGAUAAGGACACCAAGGCCGAAAGGUGUGAAGACCCCCUACCAGCAGUUGAUGGUGCCCCCCUCCAAACCAAGGUCACCACUGAUGGCCAAACAGUUAAUACCAACAUCUCUGGAUGACACUUUGUCCCCAGGAAAGUCGGACAACUCAAUGAUGAACACAACACUCUCUCCAUCCCGAUCUUAUGAUUCUCAACUCAACAAGCUCCAAGAUCUCCCCACUCCACUCAGUGCUAGCAAGAGAAAGAGUGUGAUCAAAUCUAACAGGGCUGCCUCAGCAGACGGCUUGGAGGGAGAGUUUACUCCGAAGUCUCGUAAGGCCUCCGUGUUUGGGAGUCUGGAGAGAAUGUUCAACAUGCUGACCCCUAAAAAACAGACCAAGUCCUCUUCUGAUGGUCCCAGAAAGGUCAAGGCUUUACACAAUAUUUUCCGAACAAAUGAAACCAAUCCUGAGUAUGUACUGGAGAAACUGAAGGAGGUUGUAGAAGAAAAGUGUGUUCCGUAUAAACAGAGCGACUAUACACUUCGCUGCACUGUGAUGAGUGAUUGGUCGAGAGUUCAGCUGGCCUUUGACCUGGAGAUCUGCACGUUACCCAAGGUUCCCUACGUAGGAAUCUGCAGGAAGCGAGUCAAAGGUGAUACCUGGCACUACAAGAAGCUCUGUGAGGACAUUUUAACUUCCUGUAAACUGUAAGUCAUGCUGUGGAAAUGAUGAAUGGUUGUGAUACAUAUAUGAUAUUGCCUUGAAGAGUACUACACAUCCUGUACCAUCACAUCUCAAGAACACUAGAGGCACUUUAUAAACAUCUGUGAUUUCCCUCAUCAAAGUCUACAAGCUUCUGAAAUGGUGCUUUAGUGAAUGUUUUAAGUUUAUGAAAAAAAGCAGAAGAAAAAAAAUGGAAACAAAGAUACUGAGUUUUAGCUGUGUGUGAAUGCAAUGCAAGAGGAUUGUAUUUCAAGAAAAAUUGAUGACCUUAUAUAAUGGACAGUGAUAUUGAAAUUAUUUUUAUUGGUUUUGUUGCUGUCCAUACUUUAUUCUUUACUGUAACCCCACCCCACUCCACCUACUUACUAACCAUGAUUCACCUCUGUACAUGCACACAGGCCCUUUUGUAUUUUUAUGUUAUUAAUUUGAGUGCUAGAAAAAUAUGAAAUAGGAUUCACAGCUUUACAGAAUUACAGUAAUGUGGAAAAAAGAACACCUUACCAGUAAUAUAAAUUCAGAACUUUACCUUGGUUUUAAAUGAUGUUAAAAUAUGGAUUCUUUUUUCUGCAGUUAGUGUAGUUUUUAUUUAGUUAUUUAUUAUUUUAGUGGUUAGUUAUGUUGAAAAAUUGUUUUUAUAUUUCAGAAUACACAUUUUAUGUAAUUUUUAAUAUUUCAUCUUUUUUUCACUCGUACAUUGUCAAAUGUCCAGACUGUCGAUAAUUUCACUAUUUGUAAAUAAGACUGAUUUUCUUUCACCUCUUUCCUUUCUCACUCUCUGUCAUUCUGGUUGUCUCCCUUUGUAUAUAUACAUGUAUCUGACCCCCAUUAUUUUGUUUUGACUGCCCCUGUGUGGGUAAGUUGUACUGAAUAUCUGCUCAUUACGGGUAUACUGUCAUACCCAGGUUAUAUAUGGUACAUAAACACUUAAAGGAGAAGCCAUUGUUAUUUCUUUGUGAAGAAUUACAAAUAAACAUGUAAACGGGUGAAAUCUUAUAAUAUUUGAUCAA